AUGGCGGAUAACAUGGGCAGUAUAAACAACUGGCCGGACAUUUUGGUACUUGCUGUAUAUUUCACAGCUGUGUUGGCGAUAGGAUUAUGGUCGAUGAGGAGAUCGAACCGAGGAAGUGUCAAAAGUUACUUCCUCGCUGGACACUCUAUGCCAUGGAUAGCGGUAGGAGCUUCCUUAUUUUCUAGCAAUAUUGGAAGUGAGCAUUUUGUCGGUUUGGCUGGGUCGGCAGCGUCGAGUGGAAUCGCCAAUAUCACUUUUGAAUGGAUGUCAACAUUCCCCAUUUUGCUACUGGGAUGGUAUUUUCUCCCCGUCUACAUUUCUGCCGGUGUAUACACGUUACCCGAGUAUAUGGAGAAACGUCUGGGAGGUAACAAGAUCAGAAUUUAUCUCUCCUGCCUCUCUCUCCUCCUCGCUAUCGUCACCAAACUUGCUGUGAGCAUGUUCGCUGGUUCCCUCUUCUUACAAAUGGCUACAGGUUGGAACAUGUAUGUAUCUGUCAUCAUCCUUUUGGCUGUCACUGGUUUCUACACCAUACUUGGGGGUCUUACAGCUGUAAUGUUCACGGAUACCUUCCAGACUGCAGUGAUGACGGUUGGUGCGUUUUUGUUAAUGGGAGUGGGGAUGUAUAAAAUUGGAAGUCUUGAAAAUCUAGAAAGGAGAUACAUGAAUUCAUCUGCUACUAUACAGCUUGUGAACUCCACAUGUGGCCUACCAAGGCAAGACGCAUUUCAUGUGUUUCUUGAUCCAGCCGGAAGUGUGCAGCCAUGGCCUGGACUAAUCAUAUCUGCUUCUCUCAUUUGUUUGGCAUACUGGUGCUGUGACCAGAUAAUUGUACAAAGAUCACUUGCUGCGAAGAACAUUGAGCAUGCUAAAGGUGGAUCUGUCGUAGCGGCUUCUUUGAAAAUUCUUCCGUUGUUUCUCAUGGUCAUUCCGGGAUUGAUCAGUCGUGUCUUAUUCCCAGACGAAGUAGCAUGUGCCGAUCCUGAAGAGUGUAUGAGAAUUUGUGAAAAUCCUGUUGGAUGUUCUAAUAUAGCCUACCCUAAGAUGGUUCUGGAACUUUUACCUGACGGAUUACGAGGAUUUCUUAUGGCUGUAAUUUUGUCGGCCAUCAUGAGUUCCCUGACGUCCAUCUUCAACAGCUCUAGUACUUUGUUUACCAUGGACCUGUGGAGACGGUUUCGUCCAAGAUCUACUCAGAGGGAAUUACUUAUUGUCGGCAGAAUCGUGAUUCUGCUCAUGUGCGGACUAAGUAUCGUUUGGCUCCCUCUUAUUAAAAGUGCCCAAGGUGGACAACUCUUUAACUACAUCAAUAUGAUGCAGGCCAAUAUUAUGGCUCCUGUUGGGGCUGCCUUCGUAAUGGCGAUAUUUUGGACGAAAGCCACAGAAUGGGGUAUAAUCGGAGGGUUGAUGAUAGCCCACGCUUGUGGGAUUAUACGACUGGUAUUGGAGUUUGUGUAUCCAGCGCCACCGUGCGGAGAACCAGAAACUAGACCAGCAGUUUUGUAUAAAGUUCAUUUUCUUUACUUCGGAGCGUUAUUGGCAUUCAUUACGCCUAUUUCCAUAGCGAUUAUCAGCAUAAUAACUAUGGGGCAGCGUAAACAAGAGUUAGAAGGACUCACCUGGUGGACGAGAGUAAAGUAUAAAUCAACUGAACAGCUCAGUGAGGUCGAAAUAUCGACUGACUACGACAGCAAAGUCAAAAGAAACACAGAAAUACCGGAUACAGAAAAACAGAACUCAGAUGAAGCAGAAGGACACUUGGACUUUCCUCAAGUCGAGUGUGAGAAAAAAACCCGGAAGCAGAGGUUUACCAUCUUUCUAUUUGGAGAGCCUGAAAAAGAACGGGAGAUAACCGUGAUGACUUUACGUCAGAAACAACUCUUCAUGAAAGAGAAACCAAGAGUUAAAAAGAUCCUAAAUGCUUGCACAAUGGUCGUUAUUGGUGCUGUGGCGUUCCUUUUUGGCUAUUUUGCAUGA